AUGACGACGCACAUGGAAAACCGCAAGGAGACAGUGCGUCCGAAGCUUCUUCUGACCCCUAGACGACCCACCACCAUAGCAACACUGAACGUGAGGACCAAGUAUGCAGGAGGAAAGACAGCAGUGAUAGCGGAGGAGAUGAGGAGCUACAAUCUAUCCGUCCUUGGUCUGGGUGAAAACAGAUGGCUUCAAACAGGGCAGGUCAAGCUGGCGAGUGGAGAGUCCAUACUGUACUCAUGGCACCCAGAUGACUCUGCGCCACAUACAGAGGGAGUAGCAUUCAUGCUUUCCAAAGAAGCACAGAGGGCCCUUAUCAGCUGGGAACCCAUCAACUCAAGGAUCAUCAGAGCCAGAUUCCAUACUACACACAAGAAAAUAAACCUCCAGGAAGUACAAUGCUACGCCCCCACAAACGACGCAGCCGAUGAAACCAAGGAUAACAUUCACAACCGACUGUACCACAUACUCCAGGCCAAGAAAGAAAAGGACAUAAUUAUCCUGAUGGGAGACAUGAAUGCCAAGAUAGGAGGAAACAACAAUGGCUACGAACUGGUAAUGGGGAGACAUGGACUAGAGCAUAAAGCAACUUGGGUUUCCGCUGACCAUACCACAGAAAAUCAGAUUGACCACAUCUGCAUUAGCCAAAGGUUUAGGCAUUCAUUGCUGGAUGUCAGAGUUAGAAGAGGAGCUGAUGCUGGAUCUGAUCAUCACCUGGUUACAGCAAGGAUCCAGCUGAAACUGAAACGCAUGAAACCCAGACAAGGAAGAGUCAAAUCCAGUGUACAGCAAUUUCAGGAUAUAGGCACAUCGGAACUCCAUCAAGUCACAUUACACAACCGGUUCCAAGCACUACAAUAACUACAACAGCAAGAAGCAGAAACCCCAAGAUAAACUG